UUAAUUCUAAUUAAGCUACUAAGCGUUUGUCUGAGUUACACAUAAUGGGCGUCGUCACACUCAUGUUUAUUAUAAAACAGCGGAACUUUAUAGCGAUUUUGAAAGGUUCCUUUCGUUUUUCGAUGACACGUGCAAUUACCAUAUUCCUCUUGUGUUCUCUUAGUGUCUACGUGGCAAGUGAUCAAAUUAUGGUUGGAGCACUUCAGAAGAUUUUCCCGUAUGCUGCGGCGGCGAAGGUUAAAACGCUAACCAACACUGUAAAUAAGCAAAAAAGUAUAGCCAAGGCGAAAGCAGUGGUGAAGAAAUGGGUGCCGAAGAAUUGGAAAGCCACAAAAGUCAAGCCAGAUGCCAAAAAUCCCCUCUCAAAAAAAGGUUAUGCAGAGAAGAAGGCGAUGACCUUUAUAGACUACAGAUACUCCCUUAUAAAGUACAUCAAUUAUCUUUAUAAACAGGCAAUCGCCACCAAAUACUUGACCAAAGAGGAGGCAACUAGUAUGAGAACCUUGUUCUGGGCUGCUGACGCCAAGGCGAACAACAACUACAUCGAGACAACGCAGACGUUCAUGGUGGAGGCUUCUCAAAAGAUUCAUAAGACCCCUUCAAUCGAUCAAGCUAUGGGCGAAUUGUCUGGAAAAUUCGCGAAGGCUAACGCUAAAGACAACGCUAACCUACAAUGGACUCUGUGAUAUAUUUGUAAAGGAAUAAUGAAGUUGUUCUUUUUGGUUUAAA